UUUGUUUUGUGUCGUCGGGUCGUCGUGUGAAUUUUCCGCAGCGAACAGCUGGAAUCUGUUUAUAAUCCGAAAUUAGUCGACGAUGGCUACCCGAAAACGGUCCGGUUCUGGUUCCAAGCGACCGAAAGAAAAAGUGGUUUACAUUUACGAACUUCUGCUGCACGGAGCAAACGCGGACCAAAAUAAGCAAAACUUCUGGGACGAGUUUUUCCUCCUGCAGCCCAACACGGAGGCAUUCGAAGCCGAACUGCAAAAGUUGGAUUUGGCGAAGCUUUGUGCGGCCAAAUCCAACCUGCUGCUUCUAUUGGAGAAAUGUGUGGACAUAAUGGACGCCCACGACAUGAAAAGAACCCACAAUGCUCUGAUUACGCUGAGUAUCCUGACUUAUACGAUGUUUAAAAAGUUUUGCAACUCGGAGGAUGGCUCCGCCGAAAACAUGUUCGCCGAGUUUCGACUUGGCGACGUGGAAGAGAAUAUCAAAAAGUUGGUGGAGAAAAUCAAGGAACUGAUCAUCUGCGAUAGUUCGGACACAUUGAGGUUCUACUGUUUCAAAUUGCUGUUUAUCGUCGGCUCCGGAACGGAUAAUUUAGAUGACAAUCUGCUGCUGGAAUACAUCAUGUCGAAUAAUUUAUUCGAUUCGCUAAAGAAAGUCCUGAGCGAUUCUACAGCACGCCUAGAACAUGGACAUGAUAUAGUGAUCCUUUUGGCACUCCUGGUAAACUAUCGAAAACAUGAUGCUACAAACCCUUACGUGGUAAAGCUGUCUUUGCUUGACGACGAACUCGCGCUUCAUGGCUUCGGCCACGUGAUAUCUGCAACUCUGUUCGAAUUUAUCAAACAACAGACUACAAAUGUGCUAUCAGUGCAAAACAACUCGUGGAUCAGUUCACUAUCAUCGAUGGUCGGCAACAUGUUUCUUUCCGACGAAAUUGACGAAAAAAUGUACCAAAUUAGACAAAACAAUGCCUUGCUGUUGGCACUGUACGAAGCAGUGCACCUAAACAGGAACUUUAUCACUACAUUGGCUACCACUCAGGCUGAAUCAAGUUCGCCUCCUUCGCCAUCUAAUACUCUGAAUAGCCAUCAUUCAAUCAGCGACAUGUCGUCGGCUCCUAUCAUUGAGGUGUCGCAAUAUCCAACGAAUUUGCUGGUCGCCGUGUUUCAGUACUGCUCUGUUGUUAUGAUGGAUCACAAAAACGAAUCGAGUGCCGUAAAUCUGAAACUGUGUUUCAUUAUCCUAACCUGCAUAUCCGAGGAUCAGUAUGCCAAUUCGAUGAUGCAUGACUCGAAUCUGACAUUCAAAAUAUUCCUCCACAGAGCGCAUAUGCGCCAUAGGAAAGCGACUACGGACCGGUCUUCUCGACCCCAACCACUAGCUGCUACUUUAUUGGAUUUGCUUGUAGAGUUUAUUGUUUCACAUUUUAUGAAAAAGUUCCCAAUGGAGCUGUACUUGCUCUGCACUGGAAUCAUACAUCGUACCAUAGUGUAUCAAAAGCGUUGCCGAGUACGGCUAAUAUACCCUUGGAAAGAACUGUGGACGGCACUAAUAAGCCUGCUGAAGUUUAUUGUUUAUCAGGAACAAACGUUAGUUAAGAAGUGCAACAUAUUUCAUCUAGCUAUUCAGGUUGUCAAUAUUUUUAAUCUUUUUAUUACCUACGGAGACACUUUCCUAGCAACUACUAGCAGCUACGAUGAACUGUAUUAUGAACUAAACCGCGAGGAAAAGGUAUUCAGUGAGAUCCAUGCCAUGGUCCUGCGCUACACAACGAUUGAAGAAUGCGAAUACAAAGAAGAUGUAUUCAAGCUAUUGAACUCAAUGGUGAACAUAUUGGCGAUUAUAAAGCAUUUUCAGAUAAAAAUCAAAGAAUGGCUAUCGGCGGAGUCUUUAUCCACUCCAACGGAGGAGCAAAUAUUGGCUCAAAUACAGAAAAAUUACGAUCUAACUCUGAAGCUGCAGGACUCUCUGGAGUUCUUCGAGAGGUACACCGAAAAACCCCAUGAUCAGUUUUUCCGAAAUUUGGUCAAAGAUGUGGUCAUCGAUACCCGAAAAUCGGUGUACAACGUGAUAAAAAACUAUAACGCCAACAAAUCGAAAGAAAUUUACGAAUAAUGAA